CACUGUUCUUUUCUUAUAAAGACCAUGUCUCAAAUUAAAAAAAUGGCCCAACUUUGAUAAGUAAAAUCAAGCCCAAACUAACAAAUCUCUCUCUUUCUCUCUCAUAUACAAUCGGUCUCCUCUCUCUCCUCGUAUCUCUCAUUCUCUCUCAAUCUCACAGUCACAGAUACGCACACACAUCCCCCCACCGCUUCCUCCUCCGGCGAAGGGCGCCGCCCUCGACCACCGCCGCCAAAGGCAUCUCCUCCGUCUCGCCUCUCGCUCCCUGUCUACCCCCUUCUAGCAGUCAGCGCGCACGGCAAGGCUGCACAUGCAGCGCCGCCUCCGUCGCUACGCCGCCGCCGCAGUCACCAUCUCCAUUCCAUCCACCUGUAAUUUUCGGCCUUGCUACCUCUCGUUUUGCUACCCGAGGUUUUCUAUCUCAAUUUUAUUCAAUUACAAUGCUAAUUAAAAAAACCUAAAACUUGAAAUCCUUAACACCCAAACUCCCUUCACUCCCUAAUUGUUGUCGCUGCUGUGACCACCAUCUCGCCGCCCCUCGCACCUUCAAAAUCACAGGCCGUGACCACCAUCUCGCUGCCGCGGCGAGUCUCUUCGCCAAGCCAUGCGAGAAGAAGAACAUUGAGGAUUUCAUCGUGAACAUUGGAUCCGGUGGUGGCGGUGCUGCCGUUGUAGUUGCUGCUCUCGUCGCAGUUGCGCUCCUACUGGCGGUGCUACAGGCGCCGCUGCAACUGCCCCUGCUGUCGAAGAAAAGAAGAUCUGAGACAAAUUGUGAUUUUUGAAGUAUCGACAAAUUUCUUCAAUUCGAUCGAGUCAACGAAAUUGCAAAAUGCCGGUGAGAAUGGUGGAGACUUCUUCUCCAUCUGAAGUUCCAGGUGCAACUACUGGAAAUACUAUGAUGCCCCAGCCCUGUACACUUUUAAGUGUUGGACAGGCUUUCUCGGGGACUCAGAAUGUUUCGAGUCUACAGAAAGAUGAAGCUUGGAGAGUGAAUGUACGAAUCCAGGGUUAUGACCAUGAUCAUGGAUAUCUAUGUGGCACAAUGGAAGCUCUGAAUGUUCCCAUGGCAGACACUCCAGUUGUUACGUUUUGGGAGGGGGAGAUUGUUGACACCAAGAACUAUACAUUCUACACUGGAAAGUGGGGAGCAACGCGAGAAGACGACAUUAAGCACUGGACAAAAUUUCCAUCCUUUCCACCACUACUGCCCAAAGUGGAAGCUGAUGGAGGGAAGUCUUUGGACUUGAGCAACUAUCCUUAUAUAUUCAUGAGGUGGAAGGAGCAACACUUUGUCAAUGUUGGAACUGAUUGUGGACUGACAAUCGCUGGCUUCUACUAUGUCUGCUUCUCCUGUAGUGAUGGGUCUAUCAAUGGAUUCUAUUAUGAUCCUAACAGCAGCCCUUUUCAAAAGUUGGAACUGAAGUCGACUAAUGUUGGAAGAUCAGGAUUCAGUUUCUCCACUUACGAGCUGCAGUAAAUCGAGCGCGAUAGAAGGUGCUGACAUUAUGCUUGUGCAAGUCUUGUUAGGAGGUAAAUGUUCUCAAUCAUGGCAAAGUUGAUUUGUGUACUAAAACAUCGAGAAGCUCUUCUCGAGUUCAUCGAUAUUUAGAAAUUUUAGAAGAACAUACAUUAUACAUACAUAUAUCAGUGAGUGAAAUUUGAUCUAUCAAA